AUGACCUGCGGCGACCUCCCCAGCUCGCCGGCGCCGGAGGUGGCGGCCCCGCUGGAGGACGAGAACCUCCUCCCGGAGAUCCUCGUCCGGCUAGCCCCGCUGCCGUCCGCCCUCCCUCGCGCCUCUCUCGUCUGCAAAAGCUGGCGCCGCCUCGUCACCGACCGCCGCUUCCUCCGCCGCUUCCGCGCGCACCACCUCCGCAGCCCACCUCCCCUGAUCGGCUUCUUCGAGGAGGUGAGCCGCAAACCCGACGCCCCGAACCCCGCCCCGGACGCCCCCGAAGUCCUCUCCUUCACCCCUAUCCUGGAUCACCCCGACCGCGUCCCGGUCGAGCGCUUCUCCCUGCGCCUCCACGACGGCAGCGGCCGCUCCAGCAUCGGCUGCCGCGACGGCCUCGUGCUCCUCAUCGACCCGGCGGGCUUCGACAUCGAGGUCCUCGUGUGGGACCCCGUCACGGGCGACCAGCACCGCUUCCUCAUCCCCUGGGUGAUCGACGACGGCCAGGGCACCGAGAUCUUAAACGGGGCGGUCCUUCGCACCGCCGGAAUCCUCGACGAUCGCCCCUUCCGGUUCCAGGCGGUCUUGACCGGCGUCGACAGGCAGAACAAGCGGCUGUUCGCCUGCGUUUACUCGUCCGAGACCGGCAAAUGGGGCGAUCCAAUCUGGGUAUCCGCGGAUUUUACGAGCGGCGUAACCACCAUGAUUGAGAUGCGUGUUUCCAGUACCCUGGUCGGGAAUUCCCUCUACUGGUCCCUUUGCUCAAUUGCUUGGGAGGUAGCUGCCAUCCUUCAAUUUGAUUUGGAUACACAACACCUGGCUGUCAUACACUUACCCUGCUUGGGUAAGUGUAGUAGGAAUGGCAGCCGGACCUUCCGGGCUAUGCCCGUGGACGGCGGUGAGCUUGGCGUCCUUGAGCUGUUAGACGCCAACCUCCAUUUGUGGAAAAGGAAGAUCGACCGUGAUGGUGUUGUUUCAUGGGUGCUGGGGAAGACUAUUGGAUUGGAGGAACUUCUUUAUAUAGAUAAAAGGAAAAUGGGCCCAAUGAUGCUCGGGUAUUGCGAGGACAAUAAUGUGGUGUUUAUAUGGACAUAUCACGGCAUUUUCAUGGUCCAGCUUGAGUCACUGGAAGUGUACAAGCCUCCCAUACAGACAUUUUACUGUUUGGUUCAUCCAUUCACAAGUGUCUACACUGCAGACAUGGGCAUUGGUGGUGAACCUGAUGAAGCCAAAUUUCUGAGCAAUGCAAUGCAUAAGAAAUGUUCCCUUUACGACCAUUUUUGA